GUCGAUGAAAGUGUCAUCAAUAGUCGAUGGAAGUGUCAUCGGUCUUCGCUUAACACACCAACACCAUAAAUUUGUUACAUUUUUCUGCAUUUUUCAUUUAGUAUUAAAAGAAUUUUUAGGUAGAAUAGCCUGCAAUGGAGCCGUACGAUGUGAUUGUUAACCAGCCUGUCGUGAUCGACAAUGGUUCUGGAAUGAUAAAGGCAGGUUUUGCCGGGGAACAGAUACCAAAAUACAUAUUUCCCAACUAUAUCGGGCGACCGAAACAUGUGAGAGUGAUGGCUGGUGCCCUGGAAGGUGAUCUCUUUGUUGGACCAAAAGCUGAAGAACACAGAGGCUUAUUGAGCAUAAGAUAUCCAAUGGAGCACGGAAUUGUGACUGACUGGAAUGACAUGGAGAGGAUCUGGACAUAUAUAUACAGCAAGGAUCAAUUGGCUACUUUCUCAGAAGAACAUCCUGUUCUUCUCACAGAAGCUCCCUUGAAUCCUCGGCGAAAUCGCGAAAAGGCUGCUGAAAUCUUCUUCGAGACAUUCAAUGUACCAGCACUAUUUGUUUCUAUGCAAGCUGUCCUUAGUCUAUAUGCCACAGGUCGCGUGACAGGAGUAGUUCUCGAUGCUGGAGAUGGUGUCACACAUGCUGUACCCAUUUAUGAGGGCUUUGCAAUGCCUCACAGUAUCAUGAGGGUUGACAUUGCCGGAAGGGAUGUCACAAGGCACCUCAGGGCACUCAUUAGGAAAGAAGGCUUCAAUUUCCGCACAACGGCUGAAUUUGAGAUUGUCAAGGCGAUCAAGGAGAAAGCCUGCUACCUAGCUACAAAUCCACAAAAGGAAGAGACCAUAGAAACGGACAAAAUACUCUACACUCUUCCCGAUGGAAACACCAUUGACAUCGGUCCUGCACGAUUCCGAGCCCCUGAGGUUCUGUUUAGGCCUGAUCUCUUGGGUGAGGAAUGUGAAGGCAUUCACGAAGUGCUAAUCUACUCAAUACAAAAAUCCGAUAUGGAUUUGAGGAAGAUGCUGUACCAGAAUAUUGUCCUGUCAGGAGGAUCAACACUUUUCCGUGGCUUUGGAGAUAGAUUGUUGUCUGAGAUUAAGAAACAUGUCUCAAAGGACAUGAAAAUUCGAAUUGCAGCUCCUCAGGAACGUCUCUAUGCCACAUGGAUGGGUGGUUCUAUCCUGGCAUCUCUUGACACCUUCAAGAAAAUGUGGAUCUCCAAGAGAGAGUACGAUGAAGAGGGUCAGAGGGCAAUACAUCGCAAGACAUUUUAGAUUUUAGAUUUUCUCAUUUUUGCAAUAGUUUAUUUAAAUCUUUUUUUUCACGUAAAAUUUGCACAAUUUCUUAUAAUUUUUUCCGUUGACGCUUUUGGUCGCGCAAUAAAUAGUCCUUGCUAAAAAAAAUCGUAUUUACUACUGAAAUAUUUGGAAGUAAAAAUCUGAUCAUUUUACCAAUAAAUCUCCCUGAGAUUGUAUUAUGUCAAAAGAAAUUUAACAACUCAAACUUAGUGAGAAAAAAAAAAUAAAGCGCAAAGUUGUAAAAGACCCAUUCUCAUGUUUAUAGGUACUAUAAAUGAAAAAAUGUAUGUGCUUUUUAUAUUAAUUAUUUAUAAACUUGAUCAAUAACUUAAAUAUACAAAGUUCUUAAAGAAAA